GUCAGUCCCUAAUCUCCACCCUCACACAGUUGGUCCAAGAGAUAAAGGAGGAGCGGAGCCGCCGGCGACCUGAUCCCGCCGCCCCGUCUGGCGGAGUGAGGCCACCCACCGGCGAUUCGAGAUUUCCCCUUCUGAUUGAACCCUAACAUUCCUCCCCUGCUGCAACAAUUGAGAGGGAGGAGAAGAGAUGGCGGAUCCUGCUGCCGAGAUUCCCCAAGUCCAAGGUGUCAAUCCCACUCCCAGUUCUCAGUCUAUGGAUGGAAAUAGGCUGUUGUGUUCCAGGCCGCCAGCCGACCCGUUGUCUGAUGUGCUCGGAGAUGACAACCUCCUCACCAAGAUCCUCAUCCGCCUCCCACCAAAGCCAUCCUCGCUCCCCCGUGCGUCCGUUGUAUGCAAGCAGUGGGGCAGCAUCCUCUCCGAGCCCGAGUUCCGUAAACGCUUCCGCAAGCAUCACCGGAAACCUCCUCUGCUCGGCUUCUUCAGAGGGUAUGCUAAAAACUUCAUUCCUUCCAUGGACUCGCCAGACCGCAUCCCUGCUGCCCGCUUCUCCCUGCCCAAGAGCAGCACACCCUACCACCAAAAUGAAGCAUACAUGGGCUGCCGCCAUGGCCUCUCUCUCCUAAUCAACCUGCAUAAGCUUGAGACCGUCGUGUGGGAUCCCCUCACAGGUGAAGAGCGCAUUGUGGCUUUUCCACCAGGGUGCACGUUGGGGCGUUCCUGGGCCUGGCAUGGCGCUGUAUUGUGCGUCAAUGCCGAAGAUGGGCAUGUCCACGGAGAUUGCUUCUCGAGCCCAUUUAAAUUGGUUUUGAUCUUUGCUGACUACAAUACACCGGCACUUUGUUCUGUCUACGACUCAGCGUCUGGUGUUUGGGGAAAUAUUUUCUCGACGAUGACGAAAACAGCUGGAAUGUCUUGGUUAAGAAGGCCCAGCAUCCUUGUCGGGAAUGCACUUUGCUUGUUGAUUCGUGGAGGUGAUGUCCUUGUGUUUGAUUUGGAAAUGCAAAGUCUUGGUCUGAUCAAGAAGCCGGUUGAAAACCAUGGUACCGACAACUGGUGUUUUCAGCUCUUACGGAUGGAGAAUGAUGGACUUGGCCUCGCUGUUUUGUUGGACCUCACUAUCGAAUUAUGGGAGAGGAAAUCUAACCGUGAUGGUGUUUUCGAAUGGGUGCUGCUGCAGAAAACCAUUCCACUCGAGGGUAUGGUUCCAACGAGAAUGGAUUCUGUACUUUUCGUCGGGUAUGAUGAGGACGCAAAUGUGAUUGUUCUCACUACUAUGACCGGCAACUUCACACUCCAACUCGACUCAAUGCAGAUCAAACAUAUUGUUAAAAGAAACAAUAUAUGUCAUGACACCUUUUAUCCCUACAGAAAUUUCUGUACUCCAGGCAGGAGAGUUGGGGCGAAAGGGGCGGAUCUGAAACUGUGAACACACUAGAUCUGCUAACGUGCUAUCUUGGUCAAACAACUUAGGUAUUAAGAGUUAAAUUCCGGUUGCUGAGACACAGCCAUGGCUAGUUGGCACAGGGAAGUUCUUCUAUUUUUCUUAGAUGAAGUUCUUCUAUUUUGCUGAGAUACAGACUUGCCUAGUUGAUGCUCAAAUUGUAGUAGGUAAUUUCUUCUAUUAUGUAUGCUGUGGCAUGUGAUGUUGUUGAUGCUGGUGCUCUUCUAUGUGGUAUAUGUAGGUCGUUCUACUUGUAUGUACCUGUCCUGUCAAGUGUAACUUGUCGGAUUUAAUAGUGUGAAGUCUUGUAUAUUAU